AUGUCAAAGGUUCUCACAGUCUUUGGAGCCACUGGCAAGCAGGGCGGCUCAGUCGUCCAGACCAUCCUCGCUGAUAAGAAGCUUUCGAGCGAAUUUACAGUCCGCGCUGUUUCCCGCGACAUCAACAAGCCUGCUGCAAAAGAGCUUGCAGCCAAGGGCGUUGAAAUGGUAGCGGCACGUGCCGACCUCUCCGACGCUUACUCUCUGGCUUCGGCUGUGCAGGGCUCUCACACUGUCUUUGUUGUGACCAACUUCUGGGAGACCAUGUCAGCCGAAACCGAAGAAUUACAGGGCAGAGCCGUGACCAAUGCUGCAAAGACCGCUGGCGUACAGCACAUAAUCUUUUCGGCGCUCUUGAAUGUGUCAGAAGCGAGUGGCGGUCGUCUGAAGCAUAUCGUUCAUUUUGACAGCAAAGCUCGCAUUGCUCAGUAUAUGCGCGAUAGCGGCGUGCCUUGCUCGUUCGUCUGUCCGGGUGCUUUCAUGGAUGAUUUUGUCCAGUACAUCCGCAAGAGCGGGGAUGACGAGUACAUCCUCGCGCUGCCUAUAGAUGGUGACAAGGCGCAGAUGCCUCUAUUUCUCGCCUCUUCUGACAUGGGCAAAUUUGUCAAGCUGGCUAUUGUAAACUACCCGAAAUAUGUCGGCAAGGAUAUCUUCGCCGCAGCUGGGUACUUGACUCCUAAUCAACUGAUGGCAGAGUGGUCUGAGGCAACGGGCAAGAAGGGCAAAUAUGUGCAGUUGCCAGAGGAUGUUUUCAAGUCCUAUAUGCCCCCUUCUGCUGCGCAGUUGAUCUAUGAGAAUAUGCUGCUUAUGCAAGAUCCGGGCUAUUUUGCCAUGGGCGAGCUGGCCCCAUUUCUCAAUGCUGUCGAUGAGAAGCCUAUGGCGUGGAAGGAUUUUGCCAGAGUCAACCAAGAUAAGUGGUAA